CUUUAUGCUCUCCCCCAUAGUGCUUCCGUCACUGGGAAGUCUUCCCUCUCUCUCUCUCACUCUCUCUCUUGCAGAUCUGAUCUCCCUGGGAUCGUUAGUAGCUUGAUUAUCUGAUUGACAGAGUUAGAAUCAGCAGAGAGGAAGAAGCGGGGAAGCGAUGGCGCCGCCUGCAUCUGGAGAGGUGCAGCAACGGCAGCAGCCGCCUGGGAGGCAGCAGCAGCAACCACAAGGAAUAGGUCAGACGAUCACGGGCGUCAUAAGGAUGGCCGUCUUCUGGUACUUCGCCAUGAAGUUCUUCUCCCCGAAGAAGCCGCCUGCCGAGCCCUCCCAGCUUAUGUCCAACCUUUUCUCCAGAGGCGAACCCCUGGAUAUGUGGCUUUAUCUUUCUGAGCAUGAGAAGUUUAAUGAUUUUGGCAAUGAGAGUGCCUUAGUCUGGCACGAGACAAACAUUCCAUAUGCAGUUUGGGGGCCACAGAGCAGUAGAUCGUACUCAUUGAAAUAUUCUCCAUCAGAGGCUCUCAAACAUAACGGGAGCUUAUAUGCUCAUGUGUUCUUUGCUCGGUCGGGCUACCCUGCUGAUCCUAAUGAUCCAGAGUACCAACCUCUAUAUGCAUUUGGCAGGACACAUCCUGUUGUCAUGUACCUGCCCAAGUCAAAGGCAGAUAAGAAAAGGAGCCUGCUAAGUGAUUCCAAGAACAACGAAAAGGAUGAGUUCACCGCUCAGGUGAGUGAAAAAAAUGCUGUUACUGAUGAAGAUAGUGGCCCCCCAGAAUGGGUCCCUUAUUGGAAGCCAAAUAUCACAAUAAAUCUAGUUGAUGAUUUCAAUAGAUAUCCUCACAAUGCAAUUCCUCCAAACAUUGCUGGCUAUAUAAAUAUUGAGCCUUCCACAAUGAGCUACUAUCCCACAUUGUACUUCAAUGAGUUUUGGCUACUCAGAGACAAACUGAUUCCAAUUAAUGAAACAGUCUCAGAAUUGCCACUAAAUUUAGAGCUGGGCCCUAUCAGCUUAACCAAAUGGCAACUUUUUCUACAGAUUGAACAGUCAUUUCAAAUUCAUCGUAGUUACGGGAGCAUGAUUGAAGGCGAAGCUGAUGAACUUAAGAGGGUUUUCUUGGAAGGAAAUCCAUAUCUUCUGGUUAUUACAAUGAUUGUGUCUGUACUCCAUUCCGUGUUUGACUUCUUGGCUUUUAAAAAUGAUAUACAGUUCUGGAAUAAGAAUAAGUCCAUGGAAGGCUUGUCUGCAAAGUCAGUAGUAUUGAACUUUGCGUGCCAGUUGAUUGUCUUCCUCUACCUUCUUGACAAUGAAACAUCAUGGAUGAUUCUUGCUAGUUCAGGCGUAGGUGUCUGUAUCGAGUUCUGGAAAAUUGGAAAGGCUAUGCAUAUUGAGAUUGACAGGAGCAGACGCAUACCUAUGUUGAGAUUCCGAGACCGGGAGUCUUAUACAAAGAACAAAACUAAGGAAUAUGAUGACAUGGCAAUGAAGUAUCUCUCUUAUGUGCUCUUUUUCCUGGUAGCCUGUUCUUCAGUCUACUCACUCAUGUAUGAGCGCCAUAAGAGUUGGUAUUCAUGGAUCCUCUCUUCCCUUACGAGUUGUGUCUAUAUGUUUGGGUUCAUCAUGAUGUGUCCACAGCUGUUUAUUAACUAUAAAUUGAAGUCUGUUGCUCAUUUGCCUUGGAGGCAAAUGACAUACAAAUUCCUCAAUACCAUAAUUGAUGAUCUGUUUGCAUUUGUCAUCAAAAUGCCAAUGCUGCACCGCUUGUCUGUUUUCCGAGAUGAUAUUAUAUUUCUGAUUUAUCUAUAUCAGAGAUGGAUUUAUCCAGUCGACCUUAGACGUGUAAAUGAGUUUGGUUUUGGAGGCGAGGACCCUAGUCUGCAGGAUGCGGAUAAGCCAGCUCUUGAACAAGCUGCAGAGGCUCUGGGUGAAGAGGACAAGAAAGAAAAAUAACCUGUCAUCGAUCAUGCAGUAAUUGGCUUCUGCAAGAUUUCCUGUGGGCCUGUGGCUUGAGGUUCAGCCAGGAUGUCUUCAGUACCGGUGGCUUGAGGUUCAGUCGGGAUGUCUUUUCUACUUUUUAACUCCCUGGUUGGAUGUGUUUCUAAGUAAGCCAUCCCUGCCAUAUGGCACAAAAUUUUUGUGGCUUCUGUUCCCUGGAGUCGUGGUUCUUUUGCUUUAUCCAUAGUUUGAUACUCCCAACAGCCGUAGCUUGUGAUUUUUCAUUUCUUGUUUUCCUAUACUUCAAUGAUAGCUCUAGGGGAAAUCCUGAUAGUUCCUCCUCCUGCAUGUUCUCUGUGUAAUUUACUAAUGCAUUUGAGAACCGUGUUUUUGUUGCAAAAUAUAAAGCAUCUGAAAGUAAUUUGAAGUAAUUUGACAUUUUUA